UUUAACUUUAUAUUAUUCUUAUUAACACUUAUAUAAAAUUUAUAAUAAAUAUUUAAUAAAAUUUGAUUGAUAUGUCGUUAACCACUCCAUUGCAAGACGAGUGUAUAUUUCAAACACCAUUGGAAAUAAUAAGCAAACUAUUGGAGGCGCGACUAAUUAAUUUACAUAGAGAACAAACCCCAGAAAUGCGAGCAAAUAAUAAAGCACUUAAUGAAGAAAUAAUUGCAAUCCUAUCGCCUCUUCUGGAGAGAGCGAAUCCAACUCAAGAUAUUUGUAAUUUCUUAAGUCAACACUGUCGCCUAAACCCGCGAUCAAUGGUAGUUCGGGACCAUUACAGCGAAAUAACCCAAAGAAUAUUGAAACAUAACAUGGAUUUUAGUAAAUAUCCCAAAAUGCGAGUUUUGGUUCAGGACUAUGUCUUAGCGCUUAAUUCUCAAAACGAUGGCACAAAUCUUGUCAAACAAUUCAUUAAAUGUAUUACAAUUGUUCACGGGUUCAGCAGCACAUGUCCGCACCCACGAGUGCUCCUCAACAUCACGUCCCUGUGUUUGGCCGCUCUCUCCACACUGUUUGAGGAGCGGAGGACUGAUCUUAAUUCAGAUAUUGAGGCAAAUAUAAGCGAACGAUCCAUCAUUGAAGACGAUUCACUACAUGAAGACUGGAGACCAGGAUUAGCACAAAUACUACAACCGAUUCCCUUUCCCGACAUAGCGUUAACUAUUCCUGAAUUCACAUCACGCGAAAAAUCUUUCAAAUCUGUGAUAAGAAACAUAUGUUCAGACAAUAGAUGUGAAGUUCAUCUGACGUUAUUAGGAGACAGAGAAGAAAAGGAGAAUUGGCUGCAAAUCUUCUGUCCCGGAAGUAUUGCCUGCGAUGACGAGGGAGACAUUUGGAGUUUCAUUCUCAAGAAUCUAAUCGGUUGUUGUUGUCGUCGCAAAGCAUUUCUGAUGUCAUUGAACAAGAGUUUGGGCCCCUGUAUGCUGAGGGCCCUACGAGACGAUGACACCUGUCAACAGAUUCUGUGCGCUAUGAUAGAGCUGAAUGUCGUGGAGAGCGUCGAUAUGCAGCAACAGAUCAUUACUACUCUUCAGAGCACACAAACAGGAAAAUCACAUUAUCAUGAUCUCUGUCAACGACAACUCCACCUCAAAGAAUUGCAACAAAAGGGAGGGCCGAGAAAGUUGACGCUCCCGUCGCGAUCUACUGAUGCAGACGUCACCAAACUAUUGAGUUGCGGAUCAUUUGGAAACCUGGAGUGUCUAUCAUUAGCCUUCACUCAAGUGACCAGUGCUUGUGCUGAACACUUAAUCAAAUUGCCUUCACUUAGAUAUCUAAACCUAUGGUCAACUCAGUUUGGUGACAUUGGUUUACAAUUGAUUUCAGAGCACUUGCAUAGACUACAAGUGCUAAACCUGUGCGAAACACCCGUCACUGAUAAGGGAUUAAAAUAUCUAACGGCGAUGAAGAAUCUCAGAAAAUUGAAUUUAAACAGCACUCGCCUCUCCACUCAAACCUUUGAAGACCUCAAACUAAAACUACCGGCGCUUCAAGAGAUUGAUAUUAGAUAUACAGAUGCCUGGUAA